AUGAAAACUAACGUACGUUUGCUAUUUGUUGGUCUGAACGCCUUCCCUCAGACAACUCCCAACUCAAUCGGCAGUGUCAGGGAUGUGGACCCAAACCAACCGGAAGUGAAAGAGGCCAUCAAUUAUGUAUUUAAUGUCAUCCACAGCGCCAUAGACACGACUCACGCCAUCACAAUGGGAAAGAAAAGCGAAGUCUGCUCUUCAGUGGUAUUGUCUCGGGAUUGGGAUCUCAACCGUAAAAAUCAAAUUCUGUCCCUCAAUUGCAACGGAAUCUAA